AUGGCUGCGCCAAGGGCGCGGCAGCGGUUUUGUGGGCAGCUCGUGUCGUCAUCCACAGGCAAUCUGCCAAUAAAUUCCAACGACCUCAACACCCUCAUUCAGGGCGUGCGCGCCACCCAGACGUUUGGGCAGUAUCUGGCGACGCUGGGGGGGGAGGCGAGCAGGCAGACUUCUCUGCAGUCCACGCUGCAGGGGCAGAACAUCGCUGGACUCUACAAGCAACAGACCACCGACGAACGCUUCAAGGUCGGCUCGCCAUCUGGCUCAGUCUACUGGACCGCAGGCGCGCACUCUACACCUACUGCUUUUCGCAACGAGCCGGUGCCGGCCCCAGCCCAGGCUGUGGCGGCCAAUUUCGCUAACGCGCUUGCGCCGGGCGUAAACUCGCUGACUCAGUCUCUGAUGGAGCUAAUCCCCUCUCCGCCGCCGCCGCCACCGCCGCCCACCGUCAUCCAAGCGCUCGCGCCCCUUGAGCAGGCGGCGACUCAGCGCAUUGCAGACAUCCUCACGACGAGCGGCCAGGCGGCGUCGGCGAACUCGGGCGCGGGAGCCGGCGCAGCGCGCACAGCGCGCGACGGGACUUCCUCCUUCCAGCAGCAGCCGGCGGCUGCGGCGCAGGACGCGCUGCCGACCGUUGCCGUGCCGACCACCUUCACGCACGAUACCUGGAACGCUGAGAACUACGGGCGCAAGCUGCAGCAGGUGCAGUGGCAGCCAACACAGCAGCAGCAGGCGGCAGCAAGCAGCCAGCAGAACUGGGCACCUGCCAGCAACGCAGCCCAAAACCAGCAGCAGCAGGCAGUGUCACCCUCGCAGCUGUGGGCGCCCUCAACUCAGACCCAGCAGACCGCCCCUGCCAGCCAGCAGAAAUGGGACAACUCCGCCUCCAACUCCAACAACUGGGCCCCCAGCGCCAAUGGCCAGCAGUGGGCCCCCACAAACCAGGCCGCCGCCUCCAACUGGUCCCCCCAGCCGCAGCAGUGGUCCCCCCAGCCCCAGCAGCAGUGGGCCCCCUCAAACCAGGCUCAGCAGCAGCAGGGAACCGGCACCCAGCAGAACUGGGGCAACUCUGCAUCAGCCGCUACUAACAACAACUGGUCCCCCCAGCCGCAGCAGCAGUGGUCCCCCCAGCCGCAGCAGCAGUGGUCCCCUCAGCAGCAGCAGCAGUGGUCCCCUCAGCCGCAGCAGUGGUCCCCCCAGCAGCAGUGGGCCCCCCAGGCCGCCGCCCCCACCCAGGCCACCUCCGCUGCCAUGACUAUCGAUGGCAACCCCAUCACCCCCCAGGUGCAGCUGGCUGACGGCACAUGGGUUCCCUCCCCCCAGCAGCAGCAGCAGACAACAACUACCAGCACAGACAAGACUGCCGCUGUGGCCAACACCAACACCCAGGGUGCAGAUGCAACCCGCUCUCAAGUGACCGGUACGGGCCAGCCCAGCCAGUACGGCGCCUCCUCCGCAAAUCAGGGCACCACAAAUGCCGCCACAACAACCGCCACCACCAACAACGGCGCAGAGCAGUCCACGAGCGCGUCCGCGCCGUCUCCUUCCUCGUCUGCGCUGACGUUCCCUCCGGUGACGAUCAACGGCGUCAACCUGCCCGGUUGGAGCCUGCCCACCUGGUCCCCCGCGCCCCCCCUCGGCCCCGCGCCUGCUUUGGCUCCCCUGCCCCUGGCGCCCCAGCCGCAGCCGUUGCCGGGCCAGGCGCAGCCGGCAGUCAGUGCCUCCUUCCAGGACCUCACAAACCAGGGCGUCCCCCUGACGCAGUCGUUGGCGCAGCAGAGCGCGCUGCCACAGCUGCAGGCAAUCGGCGGCGGCCCGGCCGUGCGGCCGAACAACAACCUGCCCGCACAGCCCGCCGGACCUGCCCAGCCCGGGCUGCCCGGCUUCCCCGCGCCGGCCGGCCCGGCCGCCAUCCCCAACAACAACCUCGUCUGGGUCGGCCUCGGCGGCAGCGGCAAGCAGGGCUCCAACACCUAAGCCACCCGUUGGGCCGGGGCAUCGGGCAGCUGAGCCCGGGCCAAGCUUGUCCGCAGGAAAAGCUGUCGUGAAAAUGCGCCGGAUUUGUGGUCUGCAUGAGCCUUGCUCUGCACAGAGCGCUCCAUGCAGGCAGCAAUGAGGCAGCAGCAAGCAGGGCUCCACCACCAGAGCCGACCCGUCGUGCUCGGGUAUUGGCUUUGUCAAACAGCCAGCGCUGGGCCACGGGUCCGUGGGGAGUCCAAAUCCUGCAAGUGCUCUGCAUAAGCCUGGCUCUGGAGAAAGCGCAGUAGGUUGCAAUGAGGCAGCGGAAAGCAAGGCAAUACUCAAGGUGCAGAAGCAUGCGCACUGAGACGUAGUUCUUGAGGCCCGGCUCAGGGGCGCUUAUGCUGGGCCGUCGGCUCUGUCAAGACAGCUGUUUUGGAAGUGGACCGUUGGGUAUUGGAAGGGAGAUAUUCUUGCACGGGACAAAUGGGGUUGAAUGUUUUGCGAGGGCUUUGGUGGAGCAGACUGAUUGGCAAAUGCCAGUCAUGUGUAGAGUCCUCACAAACCUCACAGUGCCCGAACCUCAGAAACUGCACAGUGCCUCGGAGCGAGUUGCAGGACAUCAGGGCCUGAAAUGCAACACCAGUAUUUGAUUUGAAGCUACCGGCUCCGCAUUUGCAGGCUAGCAAAGUGAAGGGACUUUGCAAGAAGUUUAUCUUGCAUGCUAGAUGGGGAAACAUAUUGGACUGAUGACAGGAUUGUGCAGGCUGAGUUCAACAAUUUGAAGAUUUGGAAUAUGAGAUAGACGACCUAUGACAGCAGUGUGUCAGUGUUUCCUGCUGGCUCUGGCAACUGUAAUCAUAGUCAUAACC